AGCAGGGGCGAACUGACCAUUUGGAAACUCGGGCACUGCCCGAGGGCCCAGGGUCAGUAGGGGCCCCCAUGAGAUGCCCCUGGUACCUUUUUCAUAGGCUUUUUUGAGUUUGGGCAAGGACACAGGGGCCUCAUGAUCCCAUAUUGCCCGGGGGCCCCAUGAGUUGUCAGUCCGCCCCUGCCAAGGAGUCCUUCCACCUUGCCCAGGCCACCAUAUACUUUGGUCUGUUGCACUCUAAUAAAGAUACACCUCAUUAUGAGGUUCACACUUACCCA